GGAGUUUUGUUACAAGCGGAAAGCUAGUAGUAGUUUUCUUCGAAAUUUCAACUAAAUACAAGAAACAGCAACUCAACUCAAUGUAAUGAACGAGUUGAAGGAUUGAUUAAAUGGAAGCAGUUUUCAGUCAAAGAAGAAGAAGAUGAAGAAUGGCAUCCUUGCUCUGCCAGCUGAGUAAGCAAGAAAGUCUCUGGAGAUUGGGGAGUGCUGUUUCAGCGGUAGUUGGAUCAACCUGUUUGGCUCUGAGCUCCUCUCUCAACCACUUGAUCGGUGCGUGGAAACCAUGGAAGGUCAUUCUUUACAUCCUAUUCAAUAUCUUCCCUUUACUACUUGUCAUCCUCUUUGCAAAGUAUUGGGCAGAGUUCAGAAUCCUUCUCUCCAUAGCGAGGAAUUGGCAACGCUACUCAAGAAACCCACGGUUCAGACCAUUGAUUUCAUUCUUGAUUUUGGUGGUUACCACUUUCUUAUCCUACUACUUCGAUAAACGGAAACCAGAUGCAUACAGCGUGGUUUCCUACAUGGCGUUCGCGAUAACUUGGCUUUGCUUGUCAAGGCACAUACCGUUUGUGUUCGAGGAACUAAUGGAAUCAUUCAUGGGAUUAGCGAUCGCACAACUGAUGAAGAUAAAGUUGCUCUUAGGAGGUUUGAUCGGAAUACUUGUCUGUUUUUGCCUCGUGGUUCUCCAGUGCUAUGCAGAUGCUCCAACAGUCCACCAUCUUCAUCAGCGUCUUAUUAGAGAAACGAUGAUCGAUGUAGCUUCGCUGCAACUCAUUAGUCAAAACCACGGAAUCACUAACAGUGCUACUACACCGGCUAGUGAUGAUGAUGAUGAGGAUGAUAGUUCCUCUGGUCUUUCCAGUAGUCCUCUUUUGGAUGCUCCAACCCCAACAGGAUGUGAUGAAAUAGAAGAUCAGUCUCUCCCACCGUUUCCGGAUCCAACUCACCAAUUUUUAAUACGUUUUGGUUUCCAACGACACAAGAACUGGAUGUUUCGUAAUCCAAGCUUGACUAACUACCGCCCUGUUAUUGUUUCGUCUAGACCUCAUGUGGGCUCGACUUCUCUAAAGCAGCGGGUUUUCUCUUCCGCACCUCCUCAAAGUUCACCGCAUGGUGGUCUUUCGAGCAGUCCUCCUGUGGGUUCCACCAUGCCAAAGUCUUUCCCUCCUUUUCAGCAUCCAAGUCACCAACUUUUAGAAGGAAACCGUCUCAAACAGCAGAAGUACGUGAGGUAUCAUAAACGAUGCUUGAAUGAUCGAAAGACACUUGGAAUCGGUCGCAGUGAGGAAAUGAAUGCACUAUACCGCUUUUGGUGCUAUUUUCUUCGCGACAUGUUUGUUCCUUCUAUGUAUAAUGAAUUUAAGAAACUGGCAAAGGAAGAUGCAGCUGCCAAUUAUAAUUAUGGCAUAGAAUGUCUUUUCAGAUUCUACAGUUAUGGUUUGGAGAAGGAAUUCAGGGAAGAUCUGUACAAGGAUUUUGAACAGCUUACUCUGGAAUUCUAUCAGAAGGGAAAUCUCUAUGGCUUGGAAAAAUACUGGGCAUUUCACCACUAUCGCAAGGCACGCGAACCGUUGAAUAAGCACCCUGAGCUGGACAGGUUGCUCCGAGAAGAAUACCGAAGUUUGGACGAUUUCCGCGCCAAAGAAAAGCACACGGUGAAAGAGGACGCCGAUUAGGCCCCGAGUGUCCCAACUCCCAAUUUUGAUGGCAUCCCAAUUUUGAAAAGAGCUCUAACAACUUUUUAACAUUGUGUGUUUGGAGUAGCAGCCUUGCUUUUUGGGUUUGAAUGCAAAAGAAAGAAAGGGGAAGAUUGUUUUUUUUUUUUGUUCAAAUAUUUAUAAAAACUGUGGUUUUGAUGAUGCAGGGUUGCUGAUUGCCAAGUUUCUUCUUCUUUUGAUGGAUAUAUCAUUCUAUAUGGUAUACAACUGAUUCCUUUCUUUUUGAGACACUUUGUGGAGACACCCUUUUCUUGUCUCCAAAAAUGUUGUACAUAAGUUGAUAGACUUAGAAGAAAGUUGUGUAACAUUGUUACAUCAUAAGGGAAAUAGGGUCCUUCUUUUUACUUUUGGGAAAGUAAAAAAGAAAGGGGAGGGUUGUACUUAUUUAUGUCUGCGCCAAAUUUGAACAAUAAGAGUGAGAAUCAUUUUGUGACCUUUUCAUGUGCCCAAUUGAUUUAU